GUCUUUCCGCUUCCGAUGCGGUGGGCGAGGUCGGUAUGCCGCUGACGGCGCAGCCGGCCGGCAGCGCGGAGCCGUACGUGUUGUCCGCCAGCCUGGACAAUGCCCGGCACCUCUCCAGCCUCCUCAGGGCCGUUCACUUCCAGGACCACGCCACCUGCUUCGCCACGGUCAAUGGGCUGAGGGUGACGGUGGAGGACGCCAAGUGCAUCCAGGCCAACGCCUUCAUCCAGGCAGAGAUUUUUCAGGAAUUUGCUGUCCAAGAGCAAACGGUGACAUUCCGGAUCAAUUUGUCUGUUCUUCUUGACUGCCUGACUAUUUUUGAUACCAGUUCUUUGCCAGGAACAUCAACAGCCCUUAAGAUGUGUUACCGUGGUUAUGGUUACCCCUUGAUGCUGUUCUUGGAAGAAGGAGGUGUAGUGACAGUGUGCAAAAUAAACACUCAAGAACCUGAGGACUUGUUAGACUUCAAUUUCUGCAGUACAAAAGUUGUUAAUAAAAUUAUCCUGCAGUCAGAAGGGUUACGAAAAGCAUUUGCUGAACUGGAUAUGACCAGUGAAGUUAUGCAGAUUACCAUGUCUCCAGAUAAACCCUACUUCAGGUUAUCCACUUUUGGAAAUGCUGGCAGUGCACAUCUGGACUACUCUAAGGACUCUGAUUUGAUAGAAGUAUUCCACUGUAACGAGACCCAGACAAACAGGUACAAGAUUUCUUUGCUUAAACCAUCUACAAAGGCACUGGCUUUAUCGUGUAAGGUGUCCAUUAGAACAGAUACUCAAGGAUUUCUUUCACUGCAGUAUAUGAUUAGGAAUGAAGAUGGACAGAUCUGUUUUGUAGAAUACUAUUGUUGCCCUGAUGAGAGUAUUACUGAAGAGAUGUAGGUGUGUGGUUUUGGUGUCUGUAUUAUAUUUAUGGAUAUAUAAAACAGUGUAUUUUUCUAUAAAGCUGAGUGAAAGCUGUAAAGAUUAAUAGACUUGAUAUUGUAAGUUUUUUAGCUCUUCUUUUUUAUUACCUCACAAACAUUUCUUAGCCUUGACUCAAAAAACUGAGUUUGAAAAAGCAAAUAGGAGAGCUGGUUGUCUCUAGCCACUGAUUCUCGCACAGAUGUUGAAGUGGUGUUUAUGUAAUAAAUUGCUGCUUUUUACAGUGUUCUGCAAGAA